CAGAAAACACGUUGCACACACGUGGACGUGUGAAAUCAACGUGUUUGUGAAACUCUAAAACAUAAUUUUAUAAAUAUCUAUCAGAUCGUCAGGGCAUAAUUCAUGUAUUUACACAGAGAGUGACAGAAAUAAUCACAGAGACUGAAAGUGACCGACAGUGGAAACAUGAAGAAGAAGAAACAGAUCGUAAAGAGCAGUACUGACAGCACAGAUGAUGGACAGGCUGGAGAUUACAGGAUUGGUCAGGUGUCCGGCAGUCUGUUUCCAGAUAAACUGAAAUCUGGAGCUUUAUCGUCUUUAUUCUCCACAUCAUCAUCAGCGAAUACUUUAGUCUUCGUCCCUGCACCGAAAGCGGGCGCUAAAGUCCCGCCAGCAGCCACAGAUUCCCCUCAUGUGAAAAAUAAUGAUCAGAUUAAAAAACAGAAGACGAUCCCAAAGACGUUGUCAGCAGCAGAGAAGAAGCUACAGGACAGAGAAAGCGCUUUACAGAACGCAGAUGAUGACGGACAGAAUAGCGCAAAGAAAGUCAAACGCAAACAUCCUGAUGUUGAUGAUGCUACAGUGGAACAAGAGCGACCCGUCAAACGCAAGAAGAACAUGGCAGUGGAGAGAAUAAAGAUGAGAAGAACCGUGUUUGUGGGAAAUCUGCCGCCAAACUGCACAAAGAAGAUUCUUUUUUCCCUGUUCAAGCAGACGGGAGCUGUUGAGUCCGUGCGGUUUCGUUCAGUGGUUCGGGAAGAUCCGACGAUGUCUCUGAAAGUGGCGGCCAUCCAGAGGAAGGUCCAUCCUAAAAAAACAAAUAUUAAUGCUUACGUGGUCUUCAAAGAGGAAGAUGGAGCAGCCAGUGCCCUAAAAUUGAAUGGGCAGGAAAUUCAGAAUGGUUUUCAUAUCAGAGUAGAUCGUGUCUCUCAGCAAACAGCGCAUGAUCAUAAAAGGUCCAUAUUUGUGGGCAAUUUACCGUAUGAUAUUAUGGAGCUUCCGUUACGGCAGCACUUCGAGGAGUGUGGAAACGUGGAGGCUGUGCGGUUGGUGCGGGACAGAGAGUCUGGGAUGGGAAAAGGGUUUGGAUACAUCCUGUUCAAGAGUCCAGAUUCUGUCAUGUUGGCGUUGAAACUCGAUGGCUCCAAAUUACAGGAGCGAAAGAUCCGCGUGAAGCGAUCUGUGAAGAAGGAAAAGGAGAAGAAAACGGCUCAAGGUCGACCUUUUGGAGGGAAACCUGCGACAGGAAGUGACAGAAGAGGAAACGGGGCAAAAGGAGGAUUCAAAGGACCACAACAGGAAGGCAGAAAUAAGACAGGAAGGAAGUUUAUGAAAAGCACGGGCAAGAAUCAAACAUCGUCCUCUUUCAAAGGAGAAAUGGCAGAUCCGAUGGCAAAAAAAGGCAAACGACCAAAAAAGAAAUUUAAAUUGAAGAAAAACAAAAGCUUUGUUAACAUUUAAUGCUUGUGGUUUAUAUCAGUUACUUCACACAGGAUUCACAUGUUGUGUCACUAAACUGCCAAUAAAAGGUCUGUGAUUGACA